AUGCGAUGGCCGCCAUGGAGCUCCGAGUCGACCAAUGACGAACAAAAACAAACACCCGGCUCUUGGCCAUCCUCCGCGGCGAACAACCCGAGCUCCGUCCUCGAUUGGACUGCGUUUACAGAACCUAGAACUCUCGUCCCAACCCUCGUCCUAACAAGCGGCAUUCUCCUCGGAGUGCGAUUCCACCGCAAAUAUCUACGACGCAUCCGCGACGCGCCCAGUAUCUCGUCCUCAUAUCUCCGACGGCGCAGCAUCUUCGGCCAGGUCACCAGUGUCGGCGAUGGCGAUAACUUCAGAAUAUUCCAUACCCCCGGAGGUCGCUUAGCUGGAUGGGGCUGGCUUCCGUGGAAGAAGGUUCCUACCGUGAAAAAACAGCUCAAGGAUAAUACUGUAUCUUACACUCUUGCUCGAUUCCAGAUUCACAUCCGUUUAGCCGGCAUCGACGCCCCCGAGUUAGCCCACUUCGGUCGUCCCGAACAACCUUUUGCGCGCGACGCGCACACCUGGCUGAUAUCCUACCUGACCAACCGUCGAGUGCGCGCCCUCGUCCACCGCCAGGAUCAAUACUCGCGCGUGGUUGCGAGUGUCUUUGUCCGGCGCGCAUUUGAUUUCCCGCCAUUCCGUCGGCGGGAUGUUUCGUACGAGAUGCUGAAGCAUGGCUUGGCAACUGUAUAUGAAGCGAAGGUUGGGUCAGAGUUUGGCGGUGAGGAGAUGGAGAAGAAAUAUCGAAAUGCCGAAUGGUGGGCUAAGAAGCGGAAGAAGGGCCUUUGGAAGGAUUAUGGCCGUGUUGGAUCCGAUUGGGAAAGUCCGAGAGAAUAUAAAAAUCGGAUGGGUCUGGGAGAUAUCACACCUCUCGAGAAGGGGAAUGGAAAAGUGAAGAAAGGACGGAAAUAG